GGUUGCAAGAUUCUUUCAAAUUUUUGUUUUUUUCAAUACUUUCUCCAUUUGUUUAACAGCAUCAACUUAAAUUUAGGAACAGCCAUUUAUAAACAUCGUGUAGGUCCUUCUAAUGUGCUGCAAACAGCUCGGGGAGACUGGAAAGCAUCCCUGACACUACUGCGUCAUAAAACGCGUUUGCUGACGAAGCUCCCAAACGCGAUGACGGAGAACGGCCAUUCCGCGGACCCUGUGGCAGAAAGUAGCGAUGCCGUCGUGUCGCGGGCCGCUGUCUACGCGCUGCUGGAGCGCGUGCGCAGCGAACUGUCCGAAGCUGAGGAGCCCUUGGGGGAUGCGUUGCGGAGUAGUUGUGCGCGCAUGAACUGCGCCGCCCUCAUGGACGACGACGAGGAGUGGGAUCCCCGCAGCGCCCCCAAGGCCUUCGCCUACCAACCGGGUGAUGUGGUCGUGGAGGAGACGCCGUUCGCUGCCGUGGUGCAUAGUGAGGUGGCCGCGGUGGUUUGCCAUCACUGCUGGCGACGGGAGAAUGAUGCGGGUUUGUUGAAGCGGUGCACGCGGUGCCACUUUGCCCGCUACUGCGGCGAGCAGUGCGCCAAGGCGGCCUGGAAGACGCACAAGCUGGAGUGCGGCCGGCUGGCGGAGUACUGCAAGGACACCGGCCUCCUCCCCGACGGCCUCAUUCGCCUGCUCAAUCUCGUCCUCAUGAAGGUGCAGGCCGGUCAGACCAGCAGUCCCCGCGGGGCCUGCCACCCGCCCACCGAGCGCAGCUUCCAUUCCCUCUGCUCACACACCGCCGAGAUCGACAAGGAGCUGAAGUCGUCGGACAAAUUCCAGCGCAACAUGCUGGAGAUUAAACGCUUCCUCGGACCGACGCCCGCCGCGGCGCCACUGGACCCGGCACUGCUAGCGGAGACGUACAGCCGCGUCCUCACCAACACCAUCUCCAUUCCCGACCGUUUAGGCAACACCCUCGGCCUGGGCCUGUACCUGGGCGUCUCGCAGUUCGACCACAGCUGCCUGCCCAACGCCGUGUAUUUCUGUCGCAACGGCGCGCCGAAACUGUGCGUCGUGGCCACCAAUCACAUUCAUUCCGUUAAAGAGGUGCGUAUCAGCUACGUGAACCCGAUGAAGCCGACGACGGAGCGGCGCGCGGAGCUGAAAGAGUCGUACUAUUUCGUGUGCCAGUGCGGCCGGUGUCAGGGCGUGGAGAACGACGGGAUGGGCCGGGCGUUGACGUGCAAGAAAGCGGGCUGCGACGGGUACAUCCUGCUGGGGAAGGACUGGAAGCCCAUGGGGCCCUGUCCGCUCUGCGAGGAGAAGAUGGGCGCGCGCGAUGUCGGCGUGAAGCAGGGCCAGGAGCUGAUGCUGACCGUCGUGGAGUUUAUUAAGCAGCACGAGGCCAACUUCACCGGUGAAAUCAACGGUAAACGCCCGACCGCCGAGGAAGUGCACAUGCUCCUAUCGCUCUCGACGGAAUGCGGCAUCCAUUUAUUCCGCUUGAACUACUACCGCAGCCGCUUACACAUGCUGCUGGCCAACUACUAUCUCCUGAUCCAUCCCGACGCGGAGAAGGCCCUCCCCGUCCUGGACAUCCUCGUCGACGUGUACGAAUUCUACCUGGGUCCGGUGUCGAUGGCGCUCUGCGAGACGCUGAUGAAAUCGGCCAAAGCGCAUCUCAGCCUCGAACAGUGGGCGACAGCGGCGGAAAAAGCCGGGAAAGCGUGGCCGAUUAUUAAAUUACUGUAUGCCGAAGGGGAUCCUUUCGUGCGGGAGGUGCAGAGUAUUUUGGAGAUCUGUUUGGAGCGGGGAAAACGGCCGGGGAGGAGGCGUGAUCGAGGGUACCGUGCUUCCGUAUUUUUUAUUUAUUUUUCGUUGUAAUUGGAUUUAUUUACUAAGGGAUUUUUUUGCUGGUUUCUUUAAUCGGUUUUAGUUGUUUGACAUGCACAACAUUGCAGUACGACAUAUUUCUCUUUAGAUAAUGAAAUCUGGAAAUAUACAG